UCUCUCUCUCUCUCUCGCUGUUUGAUUUUGAAAAGAAGUUGAAGACGCGUAGGAGAGAAUCUUCGUUUAGGUACUUCGACGAGUUUCUCAAAAAGGGGGAAAAAGCAUCUCUCUCUUUCGCCGGAAACACAAUGGAUGCUACCACCAACAACAACACCACCGCUAGUAACGUGGCUCAAGCGAUUCUCGCCGUCCUCGAUUACAACUCCACUCCCGAUGCUCGCAGAGCCGCCGUUGCAUUCCUUGAAUCUAUUAAAUCUGGAGAUAUCAGGGUUUUGGCACACGUUUCCUUACUUCUAGUGAAAAAGGAAUGCUCUUCAGAAAUCCGUCUGCAUGCCUUCAAAAUGUUACAGCAUCUGGUUAGACUACGGUGGGAAGAAUUAAGCCCCUCAGAACGCAGGGAUUUUGCUAAGGUCUCUGUUGACCUAAUGUCAGAGAUUGCUAAUCCAUCUGAGGAAUGGUCUCUGAAGAGUCAGUCAGCUGCCCUUGUAGCUGAGAUAGUUAGAAGAGAAGGUCCCGAUCUUUGGCAGGAGUUGUUUCCUUCACUAACUUCCUUGUCUGCACAGGGCCCAUUACAAGCUGAAGUGGUCUCAAUGAUGCUCAGAUGGCUUCCUGAAGAUAUUACAGUUCACAAUGAGGACUUGGAAGGUGACAGGCGUCGGCUACUGUUGCGGGGACUUACUCAGUCUUUGCCUGAGAUUCUACCUUUAUUGUAUAAUCUUCUCGAGAAACACUUUGGAGCUGCAAUGGAUCAAGCUGGUAGGCUACAAGUUGACUUAGCUAAACAGCACGCGGCUGUGGUCAUAGCUUGUUUAAAUGCCAUUAAUGCAUAUGCCGAAUGGGCUCCUGUGUUAGAUCUGUCUAGAUAUGGAAUCAUUAACGGGUGCGGUGCGUUACUUUCCUCUCCUGACUUCCGUCUUCAUGCUUGUGAGUUUUUCAAACUUGUCUGCUCAAGAAAAAGACCCAGUGAUGUUUCUGGUACUGAAUUCGAUGCUGCGAUUAGCAGUCUGUUUCAAAGUCUGAUGAAUGUCUCCAGAGAAUUCUUAUACAGAUCAGCCUCAUGUGCUGGGGGUAUCGAUGAAAGUGAUUAUGAGUUUGCUGAGUGUAUAUGUGAAAGUUUGGUUUCUUUAGGCUCAACAAAUCUACAAUGUAUUGCUACUGAUGGUGGUGUACUGGCUCUCUACCUUCAACAGAUGCUUGGUUUCUUUCAACACUUUAAGUUGGGUCUUCACUUUGAAGCAAUGCUCUUCUGGCUGGCAUUAAUGAGGGAUUUACUUACAAAGCCAAAGGCUGCCGCUAAUCCAAGUGGAGAGGGACUAGCAGUUGGUGGCAUUCAAAGUUCAAGCCAAGUUGAUAACGAAAAGAAAAAGAUUUUAGGUCUUAUUAGUGAUGACAUCGCUAGCACAAUCCUGGAUGUGUCUUUCCAGCGGAUGCUUAAGCAAGAAAAAGUCCCUCCUCGAAUUGCUCCUUCUCUUGGACCUUUAGAAUUGUGGAGUGAUGAGUUCGAAGGCAAGGGAGAAUUUGGCCAAUACCGAUCAAGGCUUUUAGAUUUGGUCAAGUUUAUUGCUUCUCACAAGCCCCUUGUUGCCAGUACUAAAAUAUCUGAAAGGAUUAUCUCCCUCAUUAAGGAUCUAUUGGCUUCUCCAGUGCCUCUUCAGGAUGUAGCAGUGUUGGACAGCCAGCAAUUGGCUUUUGAUUGUAUUGUAGCAACGGUUUUUGAUGGAUCCAAUGAGUUUGCCGGUGGUAGUUCUGAUGUUCACUUUUCAUUGCGUGGAAUAUUUGAGGCCUUGCUUCAGCAGCUUCUCUCAUUGAAAUUGAUCGAGCCAGAACUUAUAAAAAUGCAUGGGCAUUAUCUGGAUGCAAUGGGUCCCUUUCUCAAGUACUUCCCAGAUGCAGUUGGAAAUGUGAUCAACAAAUUGUUUGAAAUGCUUACCUCUCUUCCACACAUUGUCAAGGAUCCAGCAACUAGUACUUCCAGAAUCGCAAGAUUGCAAAUUUGUACGUCUUUUAUACGUAUCGCUAAAGCUGCUGAUAAAAGUGUUCUGCCUCACAUGAAGUCGAUUGCUGAUACAAUGGCAUAUAUGCAAAGAGAGGGAACUUUGCUCCGUGGGGAGCAUAACAUUCUGGGUGAAGCAUUUCUUGUUAUGGCUUCUGCAGCAGGAGCUCAACAGCAGCAAGAAGUUCUUGCUUGGUUGCUGGAGCCACUGAGCCAACAGUGGAUCCAGUCAGAGUGGCAGAAUUGCUAUCUAUCAGACCCUAUGGGUCUCGUUCGUUUGUGCUCCAACACUCCCUUCAUGUGGUCGUUGUUCCACACGGUUACAUUCUUUGAGAAGGCACUCAAGAGAAGUGGACAUAGAAAAAGCAACUUGAGUACGACCUCAGUAACAAGUCAAGAUUUGCAUCCCAUGGCUCAUCAUCUUUCUUGGAUGUUGCCACCUCUCCUAAAACUUCUCCGUGUUAUUCAUUCCCUUUGGUCUCCCUCAGUAUAUCAAACACUACCCCCAGAGAUGAGGGCAGCUAUGACAAUGGCUGAUGUUGAGCGAUACAGUCUCCUUGGGGAAGCAAUUCCUAAAUUUUCAAAAGUCUCGUCGGUUUAUGCUGAUGGCUCUUUUGAUGGUGGUAAAGAAGGACAAGCUGAGGCAAAUGAAACUGAUGUGCGAAAUUGGUUGAAAGGUAUCCGAGAUAGUGGAUACUGUGUGUUGGGUCUAUCAGCAACAAUCGGAGAUACAUUCUUCAAAUGCCUAGAUGCUAACUAUGUCGCAGUAGCACUCAUGGAGAACUUACAGGCAAUGGAGUUCAGGCACAUGCGACAGCUUGUUCAUUCCUUUGUAGUUUAUGUAGUAAAAUCUUGUCCGGCAGAUAUGUGGGAGUCAUGGCUUGAAGUUCUCCUACACCCAUUGUUUGUUCAUUGUCAGAAAGCUAUUAGCUCCUCUUGGGCCAGUCUUAUGCGUGAGGGAAGAGCACAAGUUCCAGAUUCGUUUGGUGUACAAAAUGGGCCGGACAUGAAACUUGAAGUAAUGGAAGAAAAACUGCUGAGGGAUCUAACUAGGGAGAUUGCCAACCUCCUUUCAACAAUGGCUUCUCCUGGUUUAAAUCCUGGGCUUCCUGUUUUGGAGCAUUCAGGCCCUGUGGGACGUAUUGACGUGUCUGCUCCCAAGGAUUUACUUGCAUUCAGAUCCAACUCUAUGGUGGGUUUCCUCCUAAAUCACAAAAACGUGGCUCUCCCCGCGCUGCAGAUCUGUUUGGAAGUAUUUACAUGGACAGAUGGGGAAACAACCACCAAAGUGUGUUGCUUCUGUGGUGUUGUUGUUCUUCUAGCGAUCCUGACAAAUAACUUUGAGCUCAGAGACUUUGUAUCAAAGGAUUUGUUUUCUGCGGUCAUUAGAGGCUUAGCCAUGGAGUCAAAUGCUGUUAACAGUGCUGAUCUAGUUAAUCUAUGCCGUGAAAUAUUUAUUUAUCUCUCUGACAGAGACCCAGCUCCUCGCCAGGUUUUGCUUUCACUUCCUUGUCUCACACCCAAUGACUUGCGUGCUUUCGAAGAAGCUAUGGGGAAAACUCCAAGUCCCAAAGAACAGAAGCAACUCAUGAGGAGCCUGUUGCUGUUAGGUACAGGGAACAACUUAAGAGCACUUGCUGCUCAGAAAACCAUGAAUGUCAUCACUAACGUCACUUUGAGGACACGCGGACCAGCAAAUACUUCUGAAGCUAAAGAAGAUGAAGGGGAAACAAUCGGGCUGGCUAGUGUGUUGUGAGGAAAAAAAAACCAUUUAGUAUGAAGCUAAAGAGAGGCAGGAUUACAAAGUUGUGCGGUUGUGUAAAUUAUUUAAGAAACAAGAUUUUCCUAGAAGUUUCUUUAUAUCAAACUUGCCUCUGGAACGUGAUUGUCACUUCUCUAGAGCAUGCCCUUUUGUGUUGUACACAAUUUUAGACAAAGAGCUAUAAGUCUGGAAAACUAUGCGUAGUAGUGUUUACCUUUCAAAAGAUUAAAUCUAUUUGC